GAUAUUUGUCACGACUCCGUGUUUUCGCCAUCAGCUGAUUAUUUUGGAAAGCAAAGAGCUCGGAAGAAAUAGCAUUUUUAGAAGAAUAACCAUCGUUUUAAAAAACAACUAUGGCAGAGACAGACCCCAAAUCGGUUCAGGAUCUGACAGCAGUGGUGCAGACAUUGCUGCAGCAGAUGCAGGACAAGUUCCAGACCAUGUCAGACCAGAUCAUCGGGAGAAUUGAUGAAAUGAGCACACGUAUUGAUGAUCUGGAGAAGAAUAUAGCAGAUCUGAUGACUCAGGCAGGAGUGGAAGAGAUUGAAGGAGAGAACAAGGUCAAAGAGGGAGAGGCCUCCUAGUAGAGGAUGCAGAUUAAGAACAAAACUAUAUACACUCUUCAGGAGCAGCAAGAUUUUCUUUAUGGUGACUAACAAGUUUUGAUUGAUGUGAUGCUUUUUUAUAUUUAGAAGGGAUUAAAUUCAGUCCUUAUACUGUGACUAUGCUACACUUUUUCCCUUUUCUGUAAUGGACUGCAAAGAACUUUUUAAACUUUCGAUAACACAUCCAGCUGUAGAACAGAAACCUGCAUUACUGUAAUAACAGCACAACCCCAAGUGCCAACCUAACACUAUUCAAUUCAAGUUAAUUUUUCUUUUUGUUGAAUUAAAAGUUGUUUCAUAAA